GUUCUUCCAACGGAAAUCAAGACAAAGAGGAAGACGGAGAAGUUGCGGUAACUUCUGACAGUGACUCUCUGCAGGUACCAGACUCGAUCUGAUCAAUAAACUCAGCAGGGAACCACCGAUCAAUCAGCCAAUCAGAGCUGUGCCGACCUCUGACCCCUCCCUGCUGUCUGCUGCUUCCACGCCAGUUCAGCUGAACCAGGAUCAGCUUCUAUAUUUAACCCAGAUUAGAAGCGGAGAGACGUUUCUUCAGAGCAGAGAGCACGGCUACUACAUACAACGCACAAUACACAACAUACAACAUGUCGUUCAGCGGCGCCGCCGGACGUGCCCUCCCCUGGAGGAACCACAGCUUCAUCCUGGGAGGAGGAAGAGACCCUCCUCUGUCUGACCAGGGAGAAACCAUCAUCGGAGUCUAUCUGCUGCUGCUGGGCUGGUUGUCCUGGUUUGGAAACAGCAUCGUCCUCUUCGUCCUUUACCGCCAGAGAGCCUCGCUGCAGCCCACCGACUACCUGACCUUCAACCUGGCCGUCUCCGACGCCAGCAUCUCUGUGUUCGGCUACUCCAGAGGAAUUAUCGAGAUUUUCAAUGUCUUCCAGGACAGUGGCUACCUCAUCUCGUCCAUCUGGACCUGCCAGGUGGACGGUUUCUUUACGCUGGUGUUUGGUCUGAGCAGCAUCAACACUCUGACAGUGAUCAGCGUCACGCGCUACAUCAAAGGCUGUCACCCAAGCAAAGGUUUCCGUCUGAACUCCAUUAACAGGCUUGUAAUGACCAGGUGUUCCUCGGGUCUUCCUCUAAACAUGAACGUUUAUGUUGCAGCGCGUCACAUCAACCGGACCAGUGUGUUCGUGUGUCUGCUGCUUAUCUGGAUCACGGCCGGAUUUUGGUCUGGAGCUCCGUUAUUUGGCUGGGGCGGCUACAAAGAUCGAGGAUACGGCACCUGUGAGAUUGACUGGACUAAAGCCAACUACUCGAGCGUUUACAGGUCCUACAUCAUCUGCAUCUUCAUCUUCUGCUUCUUCGUGCCGGUGCUCAUCAUGCUCUUCUGCUACGUGUCCAUCAUCAAGACAGUGAAGAGAGGCAACGCUCUGUCGUCAGAGGGCGACCUGACCGACCGCCAGAGGAAGAUCGAGAGAGACGUGACCAUUGUUUCCAUAGUGAUCUGCACGGCCUUCAUCCUGGCCUGGUCUCCGUACGCUGUCGUGUCCAUGUGGUCGGCCUUCGGCUUCCAUGUCCCCAACCUCACCAGCAUCUUCACCCGCCUCUUCGCCAAGUCGGCCAGUUUCUACAACCCCCUCAUCUACUUCGGCCUAAGCUCCAAGUUCCGCAAAGACGUCUCCAUCCUGCUGCCCUGCGCCCGCGACACCAAAGACACCGUCAAGCUAAAGCGCUUCAAGCCGAAGGCCGACGCCCACGGCCGCCCCGCUGCUGCCGGAGGCAAACUCAAAGUUCCUCCGAACCGGCCUGAGAAGAAGUACCAGCCCUACCCGGCCCCUAGUCCAGACGGCGCCGUGGGCAGCCCACCCUGCACGCCUCCACCCGCUAAUAAGGAGGUGUUCUACAUCGAAGUGCCCCGCCCCUCCGAGACUGGCUCCGAGUUUGAAUGUGAAAGACUGUGACGGGUCCAGGUCACCCGGAGGACGUCCCGAAGCGCCACCGACCGAUGAAACUCAUCAACUCAACGAAUCCAAUGACGUCUGCGAUCAGAACGACGCCCAGAGUCAAAGAAGAAGAAGAAUCAAUAGUAGAACGGUUUCUGUUCAGUAGAUUUGACAAACUUCUCCUUUGACUGAAGACACUGAGCAGCUCGUCUGUCCCCCCAUCAAAAUCCAUCCACCUGUAAAGAGUUCUCAUAGCUGCUGGGUCCAGGAACGUUUUGAAGUAACUGAGAACCGUGGGUCUCAGGUUCAGACGUCACAUUAACAUCAGAUCGUUCCGUCUUUUAAUUUUACAUUUAUUUAUUUUUACAUUUAUUUAUUCAAAUUAAAAAGUGUCAGCAGCAGCGCCACCUUGUGGUCAGAAGAAUAUUGUAUCAGAUGCUGUCUCUGAUGGAUCUCUACCUACCACUGGACCAGAACCAGGAACAUGAUGGUUGUUGACUUGGAGACAUGAUCCAAAUUUAGGAACACGAUGUAAAUUCUCACAUUAAGUUCUUCUUCAUUUUAUUUAUUUAUUUAUUUAUUUUUAUCUCCGUCCUAACGUCCUGAUCUGAGACGAAGCUCAGAUUAGAAAUGAACCCUGGAAGAUUCCAGACUGAGGUAGUGGUCUGAGAUCGGAUCUGGACUCUAACCUCUGACCCAUCAUCUGAACAGAACUCUCAAGACAGAGGUUAAUGUGACGUCCGAACGAGGCCUUGGAGAUGCUUUUUUUUUUUUAUUCGUCCAUCCUUUGGUUAAAUUCAUUUGCACUGUUCUCAAACUGAGAAGUAAAACCAGCCAGUCUUUCUGUCUCUGCUCUUCUAGACGGACGAUGUCCAACAGGACUGAGACUCAGAGCUCCCUGGUGGACAGGUGGAGAAUAGCAGGAUGGAAAUACUAAACCAAACUGAGAUGUUUUUUUUUUUUUUUUAAAUUGCGAGACUGUUUUUAUUUGUAUUAUAUUAUAUUUUACAUUUAAAAUGAUUCAUGUUUAUUUUGUUGAUCAGGAUCUGGUUUGACUUUUAAGUGCUGAGAUUUCUGCAGCUCAAAGUGUUGAUAUCGAGCCCAUGGUCGCCAUGUCAGCGUAUGAUAAACACAAAAUAAAACUUUAGACUGAACGAUGAGUCCGAGCAAUGUGUUCCUAAUAAUGUGGCGUAACAGCACCGACAUAGAGGAGCCCUGAGGAACCACCUCUCAGCAACUCAACAAUCCUCAUGGCUCUGAUUGGUUGGAGUUUGCUUAGGUCGCAUGUUUUUAUUGUUUGUUGUUUUUGUUGCCUACAAUUUAAACCACGCCCACUUUACCUGCGGACUCCCUCAGAUUCACAUCGUGUUUGUGAUCAGGUAGGUAGUCAAGUCCUCAGUCACUUUACAGUUACAACAUUUUUAUUAAUAACAGGAACAAAAAAUGUGGACAAGGAUAAAAAAUCACCUGGAAUCUAAUUCCAACAAGAGCCGAAUGAACAUAAAGUUCAACUCCGCUGUAUAGAUCUGCUCUUGCUCUUCAUUUUUCAAAGUUUUAUAUCCUAACGUCCAAUUUAUGUUGUCU